AUGAGCAGUCCAAUUAAAGUGAUAACGGUAAACACAAAAUCAUAUGAGGGACAGAAACCAGGUACUAGUGGUUUGCGUAAGAGAGUCCCAGAGUUCCAGCAAGAAAAUUAUACAGAAAAUUUUAUCCAGUGCACAUUGGAUGCGGGUUUGGGUGAUAAAAAAAAAGGUGCAACCCUGGUGGUUGGAGGUGAUGGCAGAUAUCUCUGUCCGGAAACGGUCAAUAUUAUCAUUCAGAUGGCCGCAGCUAAUGGAUUGCGUAAACUCAUUGUUGGACAGAAUGGCUUCCUCAGUACACCAGCUGUUUCAUGCUUAAUUAGAAAAUGUGAAAUAAAUGAUGGCAAUUUGAUCAAUGGCGGUAUCAUUUUAACAGCCAGUCACAAUCCUGGUGGUCCUAAAGCAGAUUUUGGGAUCAAAUUUAAUUGUGAAAAUGGUGGUCCGGCGCCCGAAAAAUUGACGGAAGCUAUUUAUGCACUGAGCAAAAAAAUUUCAAAAUACUAUAUUUGUCAUGAUUUGCGUGCUGACUUUACUAAAAUCGGAACGACUGAUUAUAAUAUUGAUGGUUAUGGUAUUUUUACGGUGCAUGUUAUUGAUUCGGUAAAAGACUAUGUUCAGCUAAUGGAACAGAUAUUCGAUUUCUCAAAAAUGAAAGAAUUGCUUAGUGGUCAAACAAUGGGGCAAUUCAAUAUACUAAUCGAUAGUUUAUAUGGAGCUACAGGACCAUAUAUAAACACUAUUCUAAUAGAGAAAUUAGGUGUAGAUCCGAGGUUCACGUCUCAUACAACACCAAAGCCCGAUUUCGGUGGUGGCCAUCCGGAUCCCAAUUUGACAUAUGCGAAACAGCUAGUUGAUACGAUGAGGAAAGGCGAACAUGAUUUUGGUGCUGCUUUUGAUGGCGAUGGAGAUCGAAAUAUGAUCCUUGGCAAAAAUGGUUUCUUCGUAACUCCCAGUGAUUCGCUUGCUGUAAUUGCUGCAAAUAUGAAGUGCAUCCCUUAUUUUCAGCAGCACGGCAUCAAAGGUUAUGCAAGAAGUAUGCCGACGGCUGGAGCAGUAGAUCAAGUGGCCAAAGAAACAGGUUUACCGAUGUAUGAAACUCCAACUGGAUGGAAAUUUUUUGGAAAUCUUAUGGAUGCCGGUAAAUUAUCACUUUGCGGUGAAGAAUCAUUUGGUACUGGCUCAGAUCACAUAAGGGAGAAAGAUGGUAUUUGGGCAAUGCUUGCAUGGUUGCAAAUUUUGCAACAUAAGAAGCAGUCGGUUGAAAAUGUUGUUAAGGAGCAUUGGUCGAAAUAUGGUCGAAAUGUCUUUACGCGAUAUGAUUAUGAAAAUUGUGAUGCAUCUGGAGCAAAUCUGAUGAUGACAUUCAUCGAUUCUCAAAUGCAAGCAUUCAUUGGUCAAAAGUUUACGGCAAAUGAGAAAAGUUACAUUGUCAAACAAGCUGAUAAUUUUACUUAUACUGACCCUGUGGAUGGUUCUGUUUCACAGAAGCAGGGUAUACGUAUUUUAUUCGAAGAUGGUAGUCGCAUAGUAUUUCGUUUAAGUGGUACUGGUUCACUGGGUGCAACAAUUCGUUUGUAUGUUGAUUCAUUUAUUGAUGCGUCAGAUAAACAGCGACUUUUUCAAAGUGCAGAGGAACUUUUGAAACCUUUGGUUCUUGUGGCGCUUCAGAUAAGUAAACUGGAACAUUUCACUGGCCGCGAUGCUCCUACAGUUAUUACAUAA